AUGUAUUAAGGUACUAAUAAACAAAUUGAUUAAUUGAAGUAAGAAAUAGAAAAAACUAAUAUCAAAAUAAAGAAGCUAGAAAUUAAAUUAUAAAAUGAAAAAAAGGAAUUAAAAGAAAAAAGGAUUCUAUUUAAUGGAGUUAAAAUUCAAUAUUAAUAAUAUUCAAAAUUAGAGGAAAAAUAAACAAAUAACUUUUAUAAGAUUUAAGAGAAAUUAAGUAAAUGUAAAGAAGAAGAGUAUUAAAAAAAUAUUGAACUUUAAAAUGAUAAAUAUUAGAUAUCUUUACUUGAUUAUGAGGUUGAUUCAAAGGCAUUUUAAAAAGCACCUUUUACUUAAAAAUAAUAAUUCAUUGAAUUCAGAGAGUAAGAUGAAAUUGCUUUAAAUGAAUUGGAUGAAUUAGAAAAAGAAAAAAAGAGAAUAAAAAAUAAAUAAAAAUAGAGAAUUGAAUUAACUAAAAAAAUAGAAAUUACAGCACCAAAAUUAUAAUAAACAGAAAGAUAAUUAAGACAUAAUUAAUAUUAGAAAAUCUAUUAUGAAUAAAUGUUAGAUGAUGUUAAGUAUAUUAUUGAAUAGAAAUAAACAUAUAUUUCUGAUUUGGAAUAGUCAAUCCAUGAAUAUUCACUAAUAUUAUAAGAUUUGAAUUCAGAUUUAUAGACUGUUAUGUUGAACAAUCUAAAUUUUCAUAAUUGUUCUCAAAAACAUUGA